AUGCCAAGGCUCUGGGAGCACUGGUGGACGGACUGGCCCCAGGUGAACUAUUAGUGUAUUCAUGAAAACAACAUCCUGCUUUAUUGUUACUUGACAACGGAUACUUCCUAUAGCUUAUAUAGUCCAGAACCUGAUUUUGAUUCCCUGUCUUUCUCCCUACCUGCAGUGCCCAGACUGGGAGAGCUGGGACGAGGUACAGUGGGUAGACAAUACCAAAGAGGCCAUGCAGCAGGCUGACGAGUGGCUGGGAGUGCCAAAGGUGAGUCCUCGGACUGUCAUCACUCUGGUGGUUUCCAUAAAUUACAGAAUGGAUAAACCACUAAAUCACAGGUGA